CAAUCCAAUCUCUUUACCAAAACCACUCUUGUUCAUAUCAUCAUCAAUGGCUUCAAUCUUGUCACUAACCUCCUCUCCUUCUUCUUCUUCUUCUUCACUGCUCACAUCAUCAUCAUUCAAAGGAAACAUUUCAAAACUCACCUCAAGAAUCUCCCAAAUUACCCUUCAACACAUAAACAACAAACUGCCAUCAGUUGUAAGGGCUAGUAAAAUUCCUACAGCUGUUGUGAGCUCAAAUGUAAGGCUUAGGCUUGACAACCUGGGACCACAACCGGGUUCGAGAAAAAACCGGAAGAGAAAAGGGAGAGGACAUGCUGCUGGACAAGGAGGGAGUUGUGGGUUUGGAAUGCGAGGUCAAAAGUCAAGGUCUGGUCCUGGUGUUCGUCGAGGUUUUGAAGGUGGUCAAAUGCCGCUUUAUCGCAGACUUCCUAAGCUAAGGGGUAUUGCUGGAGGAAUGUCUGCUGGACUAUCAAAAUAUGUACCGGUGAACUUGAAAGAUAUUGAAACUGCUGGAUUCCAAGAAGGGGAAGAGGUUUCACUGGAGUCACUGAAAGAGAAGGGUUUGAUCAAUCCAUCAGGAAGAGAAAGAAGACUUCCUUUGAAGAUUCUUGGUGACGGUGAAGUGAGUGUAAAAUUGACGUUCAAGGCUCGUGCCUUUUCUGCACAAGCAAAAGAGAAGCUUGAAGCUGCUGGCUGUUCAUUGACCGUGUUACCAGGCCGUAAGAAAUGGGUCAAACCAUCCGUCACUAAGAACCUAGCUCGUGCAGAUGAAUACUUUGCCAAGAAACGAGCGGCUGCGACGGCAGCUGCUGGUGAGUCAUCUGAAUCUACUGCUUAGUACCACACAACUGAAUCAAUUCCUUUUAGUUGUUGUAAUAUUGAAAGUAGAUGUAAAGCAAACUAAUUCAGAUUCUGUUUAUCUGGAAUCUUUUUAUCCUCAUAUCUUCAGGAAUAUAAAGAUCUCAUCUUUUUGCUGUCA